AUGUCUUCACAACAUCCAACCUUUCAUAAAAUUCAAUUCGUUCCUGCUGCAACUGCUUCGAAACAUCUCAAACAACUCUCCUCUCUUCAACAACAGAGUUCAAACUCCAACUCCCGACCACAACAUUCGAAUUUUGAAUGUGGUCGAUUUUUACCUUCUCGUUUUCAAUCACAAUUUAUACAAUUUCAAUUGACCGAACACGAAUUUACACAAUGUAUCGUAAGAGCCAACCGAAUUGUUCAUGAAUUUCAACACAUGAUGAAUCGUUUGGAUGAAACCAAUUCUUCCGAAGGCAACUCCCAAAAUGGAAAGUUGUUCAAAAUUCUUGCAUGGUUGUCGAGUCUUCCUUCAUGUGGACUCUCUCUCCUCAUUCUAUAUCAUUUAUGGCCCAAAUUGAAAAAAAGAAAACGUUUAGAAAAGAUCCAACAACUCCGUGUGCUCUGUAAACAAAAACUCGAACAAUUCAUUGAAGAAGAAAAUGAAACUUUUUCAGAAAAGGAAAUUCGUUUGGAAUUGGUCUUUGGACCUGUUCAGUAUCCCAUUCUGAAUGAAGACGACAAUGAACUGAUGGAACCUCAUACAACCUUGUCACAACGUUCUCAUUCUAUGGAUGGAAUGACUGAAAUGGUUGAAACCAUGAGUAACGAUGGAGAUGCAGCAGAUUCCAAUUCGUAUGAAGAUCCUUUCACAACUGUCAAUGAAAAGCGUAUGGAUCAUAGUUUAGAAGAUCAUGAUGAGAAAUUUUCCAUCAAGAAUCAACAACAUGAUGAUUACAAUGAUGGAAGUUAUAUUUUGAAGAGAAAUGCAAAAAGUGAAUUAACCAAAAGUCAAUUAUUGAAAGGAUUGAUCAAGUCACCUCGUCGACAUUAUCAUUUAUCGUCACAAGACACCAAAUCGAGUGGUACCACUUCAACAGCACCUGAAAAUAGUUCUUCUUGUCUAUCCACAGCUCAUUCACACAUCACAAAACUUCCAACUAUUGAAAUAUUUGAAGAAAAUCAAGUGCCACACAUUCGAUUUAUUUCAAACAAUCGAAAAAGUGUGUAUUUAAUGGAUUAUUAUCGAACGGCUCAACGAGAUUCUUCAAAUUUGAAUUCUCCAGCCUUGUUGUUUAAGAGAAACUUUUCCGAUGUGGAAGAAAUGUCAGGUAGUUUGAAUGAGGAGAAUAAUUUAUUUCCAUCGGAAUUGAAGGGAGUGCAAUUUGAUUAUACGAAUUUCCAUCCAUUGAAUCCUUAUCGAAAAAUUUAA